AAAUUAUAAAACUCAAAGCAUUGCAUUUGGCUACCACCAUUAUCAAGUGGAGGAAAAGUGGGAUUUUGGUGGUAUUGUUAACAAAAGCUGACUGCCCAGUAAAAGGAGGGAUUGGUGGUGGGUUAGAAUAGCACAAAAGCUGUUUGUUGGGUAUUCAAAAGGAGGGAGAAUGGGUUGAUAAGAUCACAAAAUAAUAGUAGUUCUUCAAAUCUGGGGAGGCCAAAUGGGAGCAUGGAUGGGUGAUUAGCUUAGAAUAACACAAAAGGUGUGCAUAUCCAGGCCAUGACACGUCAGACCAGGUUAGUGGUUGGUAGUGGGAUAGGACAAGCUCUAGCUUUUUAGCUUUCGCUGUUUUUUUAAUAGAAAAACGUUUUCAUAUGGUUGCCACAGAGUAUCUCUUCUCCUUAGAGUGGGAAAGAAAACAUGGAGUAUCUUCUUUUGAGUUUUGAUAUGAGAGAAAGUGUGGUCUUGACAAGUGCCCUGUGGACCAGUAUACUCAAGAGUGGGUUGGCUUGCAGCUGUCAAGCUGAUAGCCUGCAACCCCCCCUUUCUGGUUACCUGCAUUAACACUGUAUCAUUGCAACCUAUAACCUAUUCAAACAAAAGUGUAUACCGCUAAAAUUAAAGUAAAGAGCAGUACAUCUGGAAAAUUAACAAAUUAACUUGAUUCAUUUAAAUUAAAUGAAACAAAAUACAUUACCUGUACUUACUCCAUUAUGAUUGCACAUUCGUAUAAAUAACUGUGAAAUGGCUCGGGCCUUUUGAUUCACAUGAUUUCCAAAACACGUGAAUAGGAAAAAUACAGAACCAAAGUGCCAUGUCAUCUUGAAUAUUACAGGAUUCAGAUGAUGUUUGAUUUGCACAGGAAAAACGUAUAAUUCUUACAAAAAGUUUGGAGUGGAUGGAGUUUUUCCUAUGAAAUCUAGUACAAAUGAAUUCUAAGAAAAAAUCCUAUGAAUCAAACGAUCCAUGUAGGAAAAAAAUCCAUAGGAUUGGAAUCCUCCAAACAUCCUUUUUAAUCAAUUCGUCCGGGGUAUGACUAGAAGUUCCAAGGCUUUAGGAGGCUAGACCUCAUGGAAGCAAUCCUGAUUAUCCAAACGUCUUUCUUUAGAGGGCAAGCAAUCUUAUUUGAUUGUGCGGCAUUGUUUUUCCUAUAUAAUCCAUGUACUCAGUUAGAGUAUUUGUUUUUCAAAUUCUUGCAUUUCAAAGAGGCCAUUAGUUAGAUCCUAGAGAGAAAAAGACCGCAGAUAGAAUCACCUGGGAUUGGCACCUUUCUGUAGUGGAAUGUGUAAGAGACUAAGAGUACAUGAUAAUUCCUACAUUUAUUUUUUAAAUUGUAAUCCUGCAUUCAAAUAGGAUCAUACCAUCCUCAAGAACCUAACUUGCUUCCAAAUAUUCUAGGGAUCAGGAGAAAGCCACUUCAAACAUGCACUAAAAUCAGUACUCUACAUGCAGGUAGACCCACAUGCAACCACAUGCAAAAUGGGGAACAUAGCAUCCAUUUUUGGAAAAUAUACCACAGACAACAGCUAAACUCCCCGGGGGUGUAGGAUCUGGCCCUAAUUUUCUUCUGCCCAUGUAAGCCCCAAAGCAAAACAGAAUCCGUUUGGUGUGCAAAAGCCAAAAUGACAUUUACCAAAUUCCCCAAAAUUGUUGCGUUCUGAAUAUGCCAAGUUGAUCUGGGCCUGAACUCUGAAUGCGUACAAGUACCCUGGAGGAGCACUGAUUUCGAAAGAAAUCUCUUUCAAACAGAAUUCUGCCCCUUCUGGAAUCAAAGCGAACAGUAAGGCAGCAACCAACACGGUAAAAGAAGCCAGGUUAAAGAGAGGAAAAGCCUGGGCGAAUUUCUACGGACGCCGUGCUGUGCUGUGCCUGUGCUGAUACGGGAAUCUGCAUGGGAGCGGAUCGGAGUCCAAGAUGCGUAAAACCCCGCCUUUAACCAGGCUCCAAAUGCCGAGAAAAUCCGCUUUCUCGCCGGGUCUUCUGCGUUUGCACACACACACACAACCCGACCCAGAUUAGUUCUGUUCUCUGGAGUCUGGUCUGCAAUCUCGAGGAAAAUUCUCUGGUCUUGUUCAGGUACUUUGGGUGUUCAUAGUUUGUUCUGCGUCAAAAUUUGCUACGGAGUAUAUCAAAUAUCCCCUCUCCGGAUUUAUUUUUUUGAUGAAUACAGCAGCGCUGAUUUCAUUAAUUAAGAAGGAACAAAAAUAUUGUACAUGAACAGGAGAAAAGAGGUGGAGGACAGAGAUAAUUACAUCCUCUAACUGAAACAAGAAACAGAAAAGCAAAAGCUUAAAAAGCUCACUGGGGAUCCACCAAUUUAGUGGCCUUCAGUCCAGCACUUCUCCAGAGGUGAAGCUCCUCAGAAAGACUCUGCAGCAGAUCAUCGAUGGAGCAUGCUUUUGCAUUGAAGACUCGGUUGUUUCUUUCCUUCCAAGUGAACCAUGAAUGUAGCAUCUGAAGUAUGUUCCAUUUUUCGCGGGCAGAGUUUGGGAUUGCAUCAAGACUUGCUAGUCGCCAGGAGAGUAGAGAGCAAUCAGGUACCAGCACAGAGGGCAGAGGGAGGUUGAAAUUGAUGAGAAUCCGACGCCAAAAUUCCGCAGAGAAAGAGCAGUGCAGCAACAAGUGAUCAGCCGUCUCGUUGCUUGUCCAGCAAAGAGAGCAGAUAGGAUUAUGUGGCCAUCCUCUUUUGGCAAGAUUUUCUGCCGUUAGACACUUGCCGUGCAGAGCCACCCAAUUGAAGAAUUUACAUUUCAUAGGAAUUUGGGGCUUCCACACCAGGUUCUCAAGCGGCGAGUGAAUGGAACCCGUAAACUGAAUGUGGUAUGCAGAGCUAGCAGAGUAUGUACCCGAUGCAGACAUCUUCCAUGUAACACUAUCAUCCGAGUGAGGGUUAAGUUCAAUGUGUUGCAGCUUCUGGUAUAGCCAAACAAACUGUUGCAAGAUUGCAUCUGAGGGAUUAGCUUUAAGGUUAGAAAUCCAUCGAUUGUCCUCCAAUGCAUCAGCCACAAGGAAUUUUUUUUCCUACUAUGCUUGAACAGCUCAGGUGUAGUCUCCUUGAGAAUAAAGCCAUCAGGCCAGUGAUCAUGCCAGAAUUUGAAGCUCCUGCCAUUACCAAGCUUCAGAGAGGAGGCAGCCACAAACAGAUCUUUGACCUUUUUGUCCACAACAAUAGGAAUAGAGUGCCACACUUUACCAGGGUCAGUAUGGUAUUGCCAUAGCCAUCUAAUCUGAAGGGCAGUACUUUGAUAUGCAAGGUUAGGGAUCCCCAGGCCCCCUAGAUAUUUUGGUCUGCAAACCAUGCUCCAUUUAACCAAGCAUCGACCUCCAAAGCAGUUCUCCAAACCAGUCCAGAGAAAAGAACGGCGGAACUUAUCGAUCAACUUGGUUAGCCACUUGGGGUGAUUGAGAACAAUGAGUUGGAAAGUGGGCAUGGCUGCGAGCACUGAGGUGACGAGGGUGAGUCUUCCAGCAAUGGAGAGGAGCUUUGAUUUCCAUCCAGCAAGAACUUUGAGGAUUUUAUCAAUUAAUGGCUGAUAAUCAGCUCUUUUCAGGUUUCUGUGAGAUAGAGGCAUCCCAAGAUAAGAGCAAGGGAAAUUCUUCAGCGGGCAAUUGAGGAUACGGUGGAUUCCCUCCAGAUCAAUAUUACUGCAAGAAAUAGGAGUGAAACUAUUCUUAUUGAAAUUUGUCCGGAGUCCAGCUGCCUUGCCAAAGAUGUUCAAAAUCGGAGAGACCACAUUCAGCUCUUGAUCGUCAGGCGGAAAAUAAUGACAUCGUCCGCAUAGAUGGAGGCACGGAAAGGGAUUUGGAGCCGGCCCAACGGAGAAAUUAACUGAUGGUGCUGCGCAAAGACAAGGAUUUUACUUAAGCAAUCCAUCACCAUGACGAAGAGCAGCCUCUCCGGAUAUACAAAGCCAAUUUGGAGCAACGUGAGAACCUGGGCAAAAUACACUCGGAAAUAGCACGCGGUUGCUAGAAAUUUUGGAUUCUUGUUUUGGCCAACGAAAACGCUGGAUAUGGAUGAAGGAGUUCUGCACGUUAGAGAUGCCGGCGGGUGGGUCACAAAUUAAAUCAACGAAGCAAAAUAGCAUUGUUUAUCCAGAAUUUUAAGGUUUGCCUUUGGACAUCCCGAAGGAGGGAGUAUGAUCAAAGUAGCUAGGUGGAGUGAUUGUUAGUACAUCUUUGAAUGGACGUUCUAAGCGUAUGCAUUAUUUACAUAAACUCAGUGCAUCAACAAUCAAAUCUUGCACCAGUAGAGAGUAGACUACAAGUUGGCAAGAUUGAUCUUCGAUGAUUUGACCCGUCUUGUCUCACUAACAGGUGGCCUUAGAGCCCACAUGUAAGUGACACGUGGCGGGGCAAAUCAUCAAUAUGCAAAAGUAAAGUAGGCAUACGAAUCUUAUGUCCGCAGUAAUAAAUAUAAGGUAUUUGCAUAUUUUACAAACUAUGUGUAACUUCAGGUUUACAAACGUGAUGAGACUGAAAUCGCACAUUUAUAUACCUGAUGUUGCACACAUUUUGUGCAAUGUCAAGCUUUGUAACGUGGAAUUGAAAGUAACCAUUUCUUAGAGUACUUAGAAAUUGCAAAUCUAAAACGAUUUUGUUAUUCCUAAGGCGACAGGGAAACAAUUAUUUCAAAUCGAUGCUAACAACUGUAUGAUACAAACACUGAGAUUACUGCAAAAUUCAUACAGGUACAAAUUAUGUGAAAAUUUUAAUUGGAUGGUUAUGAUCAUUGACUGAAAAAUAACUAUUUUUAAGUCGGCUGUGAAAUAGACACUCCCAAUCUAAAAAUCAUACUUCGAUAGAAGAAGUAUAUCAAUAAAAUUGCACAAGUCAAGUUGCUUAAAACUUCUAAAAAAAUCAAGCCAGCAAAUGGAAUGUUUUUGUUAUGGAAGCAAAUGGAAUGUUGUUUACAAAAAAAUAAGUUGAGUGUUCCGAUAGAAGAAAUCACGGACGCACUUGUGCAAGAGGGAGCAAUAUUGUUAGCGGAUUUACGCACAUCCACGAGAGAUAUCUGCCAGUUCUUUAGGGGAUCGAGAGUUCACGCCCUGAGUCAGGGGGAAUGUCUCUUGAGUACAGUGCUAGCAUAAAUAUUAAAAGGAGAGCAAAAAGAAAAAGGAAAAGAGAUUCCUUUAAGCACUGCUAAAUUGUUACCAGUUUUUUUCCUCUAUGUGCGUGAUGUGCAAAGGAAAAAGAUGCAGAUUGUAUUCUACCGAUGGAAGAAAUUUAAAGGAAAAAAAAGCUUCGAAUCUCCUAAAGCAUGUGCAGAAAGCUUUCAAUUAUUUGCGUAAACUAGUAUCGGCCCGUUGUUAAGCUAACCAUGCAUCAUACUGAAUCUAACUGGGAAUUGUCAUUCACUUCGUUUGCUUAGUCCAACUAUCCUCACUAACUCCAAAUAAUUCCUGAGUUUUUGAAGCACUGUUUUAAAAAAACAUUGGAUCCAAUAUAACGAGUCCCCCUUUUGGAGAGUGAGAAUUUUCAUCAAAUUCUGUGGGUGUUGAACCGUUUCUAUGAAAUUUCGUCAAUUACUCUAUUUGUAUGUGAAUUUUUUUCUACUCCCUCCAUUCCUAAAUACUUGUCGUGGUUUUAGUGCAAAUUUGUUUGCAAAUUUGCACUAAAACCACGACAAGUAUUUAGGAACGGAGGGAGUAUUGACUAUGCAUGUACUUUCAAGGAAAAAUUUCAUUUGAGUCUAACCUCAGGAAAACUUAUUUCCUAUGUUUCUACAAUGCCAAGCACCUGAUCGAUACUUCCAGCAAGUUUGUGUGAUACAACCAAACAGUUUGUUUUGCACAUUCUCAUGUUCUCAAUUUCUGCAGAAUUCAACACGUCAUGAUAUUCAAAUUCCUAUGUUUUUUAUUCUUGCUUUUUGAAUCAUGCGAAUCAAAGAGUCCCUCAAAACAAAACAAAAAACACUCUAAAGAUCGAUUUAUACUGUGUUUUUCCGGUGAAAUUUAAUUUACUGUUGUUGGUGGAGGAUAGUAUGAAAUUACGAGUGGUACAACUGCUACCAAAUGCCGGAAUUGGGUCGGAGGAGCUCGCACGGAGCUUUCCUUUUCCAAAUUUAAUACCACCCGCGGUUGGUUCGAUCGAGUUUUUUUCCUUUAAAGAAGAAGCGCGCGACACAGCUCGUCAACCCAAAAAGCACGGCCUUCCUUGUGCUUGCCGAUGCCCGGGCAUUAGAGGAAAGCAAGCGGCUCCGGCGCUCCGGCCAUGGCCUCUCUCCCCCCUUCCCCAUGCCACCCACAUGCGCCCACUCCACUCCCCUCCACCAAGCACAACCUCUAGGGGCUUCUAGCUGCUGGCCAAUUGAGAGUCUGAUCGAGACGGCGUCGGCGUACUCGGUUGGUUUGGGCAUUGAUUGGCUCUGAAUUUCUGAUAGAGAUCGAUAGGCAAUUGGCGUGUAGUGGUUAAAAGUUUAACAUGGUGACGGCGAGGGAGAUGGCGGCGGCCAUGGACGCGAGCAAGUACGUGCGGUACACGCCGGAGCAGGUGGAGGCGCUGGAGCGGCUCUACUACGAGUGCCCGAAGCCGAGCUCGCUGCGGCGGCAGCAGCUGGUCCGGGAGUGCGCCGUGCUGGCCGCCGUGGACCCGAAGCAGAUCAAGGUGUGGUUCCAGAACCGCCGCUGCCGGGAGAAGCAGCGCAGGGAGUCCGGCAGGCUGCAGUCGCUCAACCGCAAGCUGACCGCCAUGAACAAGCUGCUCAUGGAGGAGAACGACCGCCUCCAGAAGCAGGUCUCCAGCCUCGUCUACGAGAACGGAUACUACCGCCAGCAGCACACCCACAGCGCGGGGCUGGCCACGACGGACACGAGCUGCGAGUCGGUCGUCACCAGCGGCCAGCAGCAGAACGUCGUCGUUCCGCCGCCGCCGCGCGACGCGAGCCCGGCUGGAUUGAUGUCUAUCGCCGAGGAGACAUUGACGGAGUUUCUGUCCAAGGCCACGGGAACCGCCGUCGAGUGGGUCCAAAUGCCUGGGAUGAAGCCUGGUCCGGAUUCCAUUGGAAUCAUUGCCAUCUCGCAUGGUUGCGCGGGUGUCGCUGCGCGAGCUUGCGGCCUCGUAGGCAUGGAGCCUGCCAAAGUUGCUGAAAUCCUCAAGGAUCGGCCGCUCUGGCUGCGCGAUUGCCGCUCGAUGGAGGUGGUGAAUGUACUGCCUGCUGGCAGUAAUGGCACGAUUGAGCUUCUCUACAUGCAGCUCUAUGCGCAGACGACACUCGCACCGGCUCGCGACUUCUGGUUGCUUCGGUACACCUCCAUUCUUGAUGAUGGAAGCUUAGUGGUAUGUGAAAGAUCACUCAGUAGCAAGCAAGGAGGCCCAAGCAUGCCCCUUGUGCAGCCUUUCAUCAGGGGGGAGAUGCUUCCCAGCGGGUUCUUGAUCCGGCCUAGCGAUGGCGGAGGUAGUGUGAUUCACAUCGUUGACCAUUUGGACCUGGAGCCUAGGAGCGUGCCUGAAGUUGUGAGGCCACUGUACGAAUCUUCUGCCAUAGUUGCUCAGAAGAUGUCAAUGGCGGCUUUGCGCUAUCUCAGGCAGCUUGCUCAUGAAGAUACUCAUUCUAUAAUCACCGGAUGGGGCAGACAGCCUGCCGCCUUGCGGGCUCUAAGCCAGAAGCUCACCAGAGGUUUCAAUGAAGCUCUCUGUGGGCUUACUGAUGAUGGAUGGUCCGCGAUUGAGAGCGAUGGAGUGGAUGAUGUUUGCAUCUCUGUUAAUUCAUCUCUCAAUAAAGUGAUCAGUUGCAAUGCAACAUUCGGCGAUGGACUACCCAUAGUUAGCGCUGGUGUUCUUUGUGCGAAGGCAUCGAUGCUAUUGCAGGAUGUCUCUCCACCGUCACUCCUGCAGUUUUUGCAUGAGCACCGGUCACAAUGGGCUGACAGCACUUUAGAUGCAUUCUUUGCUUCUGCACUGAAACCCAAUUUCUGCAAUUUACCUAUGUCUCGUCUUGGAGGGUUUAGUGGUCAGGUUAUUCUUCCUUUAGCACACACGUUUGACCCUGAAGAAUUCCUGGAAGUUAUCAAGAUAGGAAAUGCCAGUAACUAUCAAGAUACACUCAUGCAUCGCGAUCUGUUCCUCUUGCAGAUGUACAACGGAGUGGAUGAGAACACCGUAGGCAGUUGUUCAGAGCUUAUCUUUGCACCCAUAGAUGCAUCAUUCAGCGAUGAUUCUCCACUCCUGCCUUCCGGUUUCCGCAUCAUUCCAAUCGAUUCUCCUCUUGACACAUCUAGCCCGAACUGCACGCUGGACCUUGCGUCCACCCUGGAGGUCGGCACACCCCGAGGCAGGAUGACCGGCAGCGGAUCCGUGAACGGAGCUGGCAUGAAGGCCGUGAUGACGAUAGCAUUCCAGUUUGCCUUCGAGAGCCACCUGCAAGACAGCGUGGCAGCCAUGGCGCAGCAGUACAUGCGAAGCAUCAUCUCGUCGGUGCAAAGGAUCGCGCUGGCGCUCUCGUCGUCGCGCCUCGUGUCUCAUGGCAGCCCUCGCCUCCUCCCGCAUGUUACGCCGGAGGCAGCCACGCUGUCCAGAUGGAUUGUUCAGAGCUACAGGUUUCACUUUGGGGCUGAACUCAUCAAAUCUGGAGACGCAGACGGCGGCGAAUCGGUGCUUAAAUCCCUGUGGCAUCAUACCAGUGCAAUACUCUGCUGCUCUCUGAAGGCGAUGCCGGUGCUGACAUUCGCGAACCAGUCCGGGCUGGACAUGCUGGAAACAACUCUGGCGGCGCUCCAGGACAUGGCCCUGGAGAAGAUCUUGGGCGACCAAGCGGGGAAGAGCCUGCUUGCCGAGCUCCCCGGCAUCAUGGAGCAGGGGUUCGCGUGCGUGCAGGGCGGGGUGUGCGCGUCGAGGCUGGGCCGGCCGGCGGCGUACGAGAAGGCGGUGGCGUGGAAGGUGCUCGACGACGGCGGCGCCGCGCACUGCGUCUGCUUCGCGUUCCUCGGCUGGUCUUUCGUUUGAUCUUGUCUUGUCUGCUGCUAGCUGCUGCCUGCUGGAUGGAUUUAGCUUUGUGAAAUCACUGGAUGAAUGGAUGCACUAUUUAGUAGUGCUAGUAUGGUUUAAGCAACUGCGGACAAAUUGGAUGUUUUUUUUUUUGACAGCAAA